AUGGCCCGGCGAAUUUGGGCUUCUUUAGCCGCUGUGUCGGUCGGAUGCUGCUUGGGCGACGCAGUGGAGGCAGACUGUAAGGACGGAGACCGGCCGGGCCUCUCCAUGCUGCAAGCAAAGGCGCAUGCGCGCGAGAGCGGCGGGAAGAAGGCAGACGUAUACCACUGGUCGUCGGGGCGUGGAAACUUCCCGUACUACGCGGUCUCCAACGCCUCAGCACCCUUCGACGUUGCGCACAAGCAUGCGUGGAACUGGUCCCAUCCUGAUGGAAGGUUCGCGACGUUGACCUAUGGAACGGCGCUGGACCACAAGAGCAACGUCUACCUCUCCGGUGCGGACGGGGUGAGAAAGUUCGAUCCGAAUGGCAAGCAGCUCUGGGAGCACAUCUCUUUACCCGCAGAGAUGAUGGAUGCUCCCUCCCUCUACGACGGCAAGGUUUUUGGAAGCGACACCAAGGGGAAUGUCGUCGCUCUGGACAUGGAGAAUGGCGAGGUGGUUUGGAAGACCCAGGUCGCUGAGGAGAUUGGGCAGGACAAUGGGUUCACCAUGGCAAACGAUGGCGUGGUGGUCGCGGCGUGCGACUGGCAUGAGCCUGGGCCACAUGGCGCCGCGAACCACAAGGUCCAGGCCUUGAACGCCAGCAACGGAAGCCCACUUUGGAGCUUCGAGCCGGACAGUCCAGUUUGGAACUUUCUACCGCUCUUCGUGGACAACGGCGACUUCAUUUUUCAAGACCUCACGGGUAAGGCCUACCGGCUGGACUUGAAAACCGGAGCCGUGCGCUGGAAGAAUGGUGGAAAGGAUGGGACCUGGACAGAUGGCAGCGCAGCCGUCGGCAACGGGAUGGUUUUCACAGUGCACAACAACGAAUUACCAGGUUUCGAUGGUCUCAGCGAGUUCAACCCGGGGACAUUGAGCGCUUUUAACAUCACUGACGGCACUCUGAUUUGGAAGGUCGUGACACCACGACCGCCGAACAAUGCACCGGCCAUUGGGAAGGUGAAGAACUAUCCUGGUCUGUCGGUUGUGAUGCCCAUCUGCCAGCAAGUGAUGCAGUUCGCCACCUGCGAUGUGCAAGUCCACGAUGCGGACACUGGCAUCUUGCGAUGGGUCUUCCAUGGCCCCAUGCAGCUAGGGCCAGCUCAAGCAGGAGAUCUCGAGGGCAUGGCAAUCCGAUCAGCCAAAGGCAUCCGCGGCAUGUGCCUACCGAAUGGGUGGAGUGCUCCCACCAUCGACGCGCAAGGCACCGUCUUCGUUGGCAACGAGGAGGGCAUGCUUUUUUCUCUUCGUGACAUGGAUGGUGACGGUACCAUCUUUGGCGACGAGGAAAUUUCGGGUUAUGACACCAAGGACUCCGGUAAGGACCCGAAUUUCAAAGAGCGGAGUGAUCCGGCAGCUGACUUGGUGGAUGAGCUCUUGACUCCGGUUAGGUGGAGGGUUAACACCCACGACCCGGCAGCGGGGGGCAGAAAGGACCUGGCUCCAAAGGAGGGGCAGGUCUCGGCUGCUAUCCCGGCAUUGGGCCCGGUACUGGAGUACAUCGACACCUUGGUCGGUGACAUCUUGUCGCCACAGUUUCCUGAGCGCAUGCAGUGUCUUCGAACACGAAGCCAUGCUAUGUUCACAUGCUACCCGGCAACUGAUGCAGAGCUGGCCGAUGCAGAUGGGAAGUUGUGGCUCGGUCCGGUGGCUGACGACAGCAGCGGCAAAGGCUCCCGAGGCUAUCUUCGUCACCUGGACAACGUGAGGGCUCAAGGUCAUUGUGCGCGGAUUCUAACCACCAUCCUCUAUUUGAAUGAGGACUGGGCCUCGGACCUUGGAGGGUCGAUCCGUCUUUUCGAGGUACAGCCUCCCUUGGACAUCCGCGCAGAGGUGCUGCCGAAGGCCAACCGCCUCCUUUGCUUCUGGUCGGAUGAGGUUCCGCACGAAGUACUCCCACCACGCCGGGAUCGCUUCGCCUGCACCUUCUGGUACCUGGAUCGCGAAGAAGAUCCGUCUUCCGUGGCCUUCGCCAAAGCCCCCGCCGCGAAGGCACAAGCAUCCAGUGGCUCCGUCUUCCUGGACUAA